GUGAGUGAAUAAUGAUAGCAGAAAUCAAAUAAAAACAAACACAGGCAGAAGCUUUUGUCUGGGGGACAAGGUGUUCGAGGGCUCUUUGAUUUGGAGAUGGAGGAAGCCAAGUAAAGGAAAUUUUAUAUUCUAAAUAGGUGACAUUCUUGAAGAACACGUGUUUGGUUAUAAUUAGAUCUACUUUCUGCAACAUACUCUGGCCGUAGAGCAGGCUUUGUGGAGCUGGUGACUGAAGAUUGCUUGACACCCCUUCCUCAAGUUUGUGGCAGUAUUAUUUAUUGGCAUCUAGUGAUGAAAUGGCAUAGUCCCCUAUACGAAGCAUGGGCAUUGAAAAUGUUAAAAUUCUUGUUUGUGAUGCAGAGACCUAAGGGGAAAAUGGCCAGGUCACGGGCCCUGGAGAGUGUGAUUAAUGAUCAGUGAUUUAGUGAUCAGUGAUUAGUGGUUUUAUUCAAACUGUUACCUCUGACCAGAAGCACACAUCAGAGGAUUAACAGGCUCUUUAGAUAAAUGCUCAUUAGUGGAAGGGGAAAAGCAAAGAUAAUAGGCAUGCACCCAGGGACAACUUUCGAAGAAAAUCAUUCCUGUCUUCAGAAUAAUAAGCUCUGUUAACAGAAAGCCCUUUUAAUUUAAAACUUGCUUUUAUCUUGUAAAUCAAAGUUAGAUGUAAAAGUUUGUAGUGCCAUUAUAACCUAAAUUUUCCCAUAUCCACGAGAUGUGGAUUAUCCCAGUAGCGAUAUUUUUUUUUUAUUUAAAUAAACAAUUGGAGCUUUAGAGUGGCUGAACCCUGACAAGCUUAGCUCCCAGGGUUGGAAGGUGUCCCCCCUUCAUGCUUGGAGACUGCACUCUGCUAACUAGAUGGCGCACUGUUAUUUGGUGUCCUGUGCUGCAGAGCACAUGAGUAGAAAGUGGGCAUGUAGCUGCUUGCGAGGUGUUCUUCAACACAACAAAGUUCAUUCUGUGUAGGAUUGGAGGCUAGACAGUUCUACAAGUUUUUAGUCACAUUUUCCAUGUCAGUUAAAUCUAGGGAGUUGAAGGCUACUGGAAAAAUUAGUCUCAUUACUAAAAGGAACUUAAAGAAGGAGGGAGGGGAGAAGGUACCAGACAGAGUACAUGUGUUAGGUCCGAGUUGAAGACUGAGUGCUAAGUGCCAGGUCUGCUCUCUCUUUAGCUAAGAGCUAGUCCAGUCUUCUGGUCUGAGAGACUGAGGCAAGUACUCAAGGACUGGUUUUCUUUCUGAUCUUGCUGGUUAAGAGAAGUUACAAGAGAGAAGGGAGAUUUUUGAUCUGGAGACUGCAGGAGGCGACACAGUGCGGCUUUCCUCUUCCAGCUAUGAUUUAUGAGGAAUCCAAGAUGAACUUGGAGCAGGAGAGGCCGUUUGUCUGCAGUGCCCCAGGCUGCUCCCAGCGUUUCCCAACAGAGGACCAUCUGAUGAUUCAUAGGCACAAGCAUGAGAUGACUUUGAAGUUUCCUUCAAUAAAAACAGACAAUAUGCUAUCAGAUCAGACCCCGACGCCCACGAGAUUCCUGAAGAACUGUGAGGAGGUGGGUCUCUUCAGUGAGCUGGACUGCUCCUUUGAACACGAGUUCAGGAAGGCUCAAGAGGAAGAGAACAGCAAGCGGAAUAUCUCCAUGCAUAAUACAGUUGGUGGAACCAUGACGGGGCCUGGAGCUCACCAGCUAGGCAGCACACGGAUGCCCAACCAUGACACCAGUGUUGUGAUUCAGCAAGCUAUGCCUUCACCCCAGUCCAGCUCGGUCAUCACACAAGCUCCCUCCACCAACCGCCAGAUCGGGCCUGUCCCAGGCUCUCUAUCAUCUCUACUCCAUCUCCACAACAGACAGAGGCAGCCCAUGCCAGCCUCCAUGCCUGGAACCCUGCCCAACCCCACCAUGCCAGGAUCUUCUGCCGUCUUGAUGCCUAUGGAGAGACAGAUGUCAGUGAACUCCAGCAUCAUGGGCAUGCAAGGUCCAAACCUCAACAACCCCUGUGCGUCUCCCCAAGUCCAGCCAAUGCAUUCAGAAGCCAAAAUGAGACUGAAGGCUGCGCUGACUCACCAUCCUGCCGCCAUGUCAAACGGGACCAUGAGCACCAUUGGACACAUGAUGGAGAUGAUGGGCUCCCGGCAAGACCAGACGCCGCACCACCAUAUGCACUCACACCCGCAUCAGCACCAGACACUGCCGCCCCACCACCCCUAUCCACACCAGCACCAGCACCCCUCACACCAUCCCCACCCACAGCCUCACCACCAGCAGAACCACCCGCACCACCACUCCCAUUCCCACCUUCACGCACACCCAGCGCACCACCAGACCUCGCCACACCCACCCCUGCACACCGGCAACCAAGCACAGGUUUCACCAGCCACACAACAGAUGCAGCCAACCCAGACAAUACAACCGCCUCAGCCCACAGGGGGACGCCGGCGAAGGGUAGUGGAUGAGGACCCAGAUGAGAGGCGGAGGAAAUUUCUGGAAAGGAACCGGGCAGCUGCCACCCGCUGCAGACAGAAGAGGAAGGUCUGGGUGAUGUCACUGGAAAAGAAAGCUGAAGAGCUCACCCAGACAAACAUGCAGCUUCAGAACGAAGUGUCCAUGUUGAAAAAUGAGGUGGCCCAGCUGAAGCAGUUGUUGUUAACACAUAAAGAUUGUCCAAUAACAGCCAUGCAGAAAGAAUCACAAGGGUAUUUAAGUCCAGAGAGCAGCCCUCCUGCGAGCCCCGUGCCAGCAUGCUCUCAGCAGCAAGUCAUCCAACAUAACACCAUCACCACAUCCUCAUCGGUCAGCGAGGUCGUGGGCAGCUCCACCCUCAGUCAGCUCACAACUCACAGAACAGACCUGAAUCCUAUUCUUUAAAAGGCAUUGGUCAAACCUGGCCUUUGAGAAGAGCUGUAGCAUGCCAUACAUCCUUUCUCAAAAGGGCAUUUUUAGAAUUAUCUCAGACCUGGAAGACACCUCAGCCCUUCAAAGACUGGCUUUCAUUUUUAUAGUUAUUAUGGAAAUGUUGUCUUUUAUACUUAGUUAUAUAAGAAAAAAGGGAGAUAUGCAAUGAAUAUCUAUCAGCUUGGAAAGCACGUUGGUGCUUCUCUGCAAUUUUCUGGUACCAGUUUCUUGUUUAUAAACGGAACCUUUCCUGUAUAUAGCCAUGGUUUCAUUCUUACCAGCCCAACCCUUUGCCUGGAACAAUGAAUCUUGUUAAACUACAGCUUUUAGCCAAAAUGAGGUAUGCUUAGAUGUCAAGCGAGAUGGAUCCACAUAGUAACUGGGUGGGAAAGCUCAUGAUGUCAUAACUCAUGUUGAGUUUGUGCUCUAAUGUCACCAGAAUCUCAGAUAAACACAUGGGCCUUCCUGAAUAUUUUUUCUCUUGUUAGAAAAAAAAAAAAAAAGAAAUUAUGGUCCAUCGAUAUCCCAAAAAAAUCACCAAGCAUCUCAGGCCCCCUCCUUCCUUUCUUGUCUACUUGCUCAGAUGUCCAAUAUCCAUCUCCAUUUCCUUUUCCCCGACCCCUGUUCACUCUUUGUUUUGACUUUUCUCCUGUUUCCUUUUCUCCUCUUUAGCUUUGCAUGUGAAGAAGAAAAUAAUGUCGAAAGAAGAGAAAAAUCAAAUCUUGAAACUGUGGACCUAGCCACAGUUUAACCCACAGCUGGAGCUCAUUCAAUUCUUGCCUUUCACAAAAUAGCAACCAGGAGAUGUUUAAUGUGCCUGAUUUAAUGUUUUUAAUAACCAGAGCAAAUAAAAGGUGGUUUGGUUAUAGGUGAAGCACUGUUGAAUGCCAGCUGUGGAGACACUAGGGAAAGGGACUUUGUAAGCCCCAACUGUGAAAAUUCAAAUAAGGAUGUGGGCUCUAACAUCACACCCUCGAAUUACAACUCGCUUCUAUGGCCUGUCUAUAAUGUCAAAAAAAAUCCAUGCACUAUAUAAUAGUUCAGAAGGGCUCUGUUCACUACACAGAUUACAUUGUUCAAUCAUCAGCUGCUAAUAACCUAAAAUUUAUUAUUAUUAUUUUUCUUAAGCCUAUGGAACCAGCUCUGCUGUUCUGGUGGGCAAAAGCAAACUCACUCCUGGAGAGACAGAGAUAAAGCAAGGCUAGCAUUUCUAAGGGUCCUCGCAGCCUGCAGAACAGUCAGACUCUGGCUGCUGGCCGAGUCCCAUGGAGGUGGCCAGGCUAGUGUGCUCAUCUGAAUAGUUCUGAUUUAUAUUUUCAGCAAUGUCCAUGGACUUGCCCAUUAUGGAAAGCAGGUCAAAUCCAAACCACAGUUGUGCCUCUUUGAAACAAGCCAUUCUACUCUGCUGGUGUUUUAAUAUCGUGUUUCACAAAUAAUAGGGGCUAAUGUUUCUCACUAGCAGUCUGGGCAUAUGCUAGUGUUUCAUCUCUGCCCAAAUAAUUCACCUCCUAACCUAUGUGUGUGUGUGCACAUGGGUGUGUGUGCCUGAGUGUGUGUGUGUGUGCGUGUUUAUGAACAGUAUAGGUUUUAAAAGAACAGUAUUUUACAAAAGCCGUCACUUUUAUAAGAGUUCAGUAAAGGAAGGAUGUACUUUUUCGCUCAGUAUAGUUUUAAAAAAUCUAUUUUAGAGGGAAAAAAGAAAAUAUGAGGGCUCUGAAGCAUGAUUUUUAUAACUAGUUUCAGUUUUAUCUAAUAAUUUACUUUUAAAAAACCAAUAUUUAUCAAUUUUUUCCAUGUAUGCUGUGCUUUUGAGAGACAAGUUUGGCUGUUCAGUAAAGUGUAAGGAUAUAUGACCUAAGAAUCAAAAACAAAUGAAAAAAAUAAAAAGAGGAAAAAGGAAAAUGAAAGGGGAAGAAAGAAGAUGGAGCAAACAGAAAUUUCUAUUGUAUUUUAGGAAAACGAAUCCUUUUCAAGUAUUUUAAAUACUGAGUUAAUAUUGUUGUUAUAUUUUUUUUCUUAAUUCCAGCAGUAACAAAAUGGUUUAACCUAACUGGCUUGCUAAGAAAUGUGUAAGUCUUAGAUUUGAAAGAAGUUAACAUUCAUAGCUCUGGUUUGAAAUCAAAGGUCAUUUUCUGCAAAAUUCCUUCCUUAGAUCAAGUAGGUGCUCUGCUCCCUUAGAAAGAGAAGGGGACAAACUGGAGGGGUAGAGCUUGUAGCUUUUAUCUGACAAUUGCUUUGAGUAAACAGGACCUUUCCCUCCAGUCUGCAUGUAUAGCACUUGAAGAAAUGAAAAAAAAAAAUUUUUAAUCCACUAGUAAUACCAUAAUGACCAGGGAGUUACCGGCCACUAAAAUGAUGAUUUUGAGUUUAUGUCUCUCCCACCUCUCAACUGAAAUACUUAGCUGUUCAAGGGACAGCCUUUGCAGUUAAGAACUUGCCUGGGUUUUCUUAAUUCAGCGACUCGACAGCUUGACUGAUGUGCAUUAUUUAUAGCUCAAUUAUGUCUGUUUUUUAUGCUAAGUAGGCAAGCCACCACACACAGCAAACCUUUCUCAACAUAUAAUUAGAAUAAACUGCCUUCUUGUUACGGGCAGGCCCUUUAGGUGUGUUUGUUUGCAGUAUGGAUAGAGUCAGUGAGGGUGCCAGCUUACUGUCAGUCGAGAAAAACUUCUGGGGGAAAUCUAACUCCUGGUUUAUCCCUAGUCAAGAUUCCAUAGAAAGGCCCAUCCUUCACCAGAUAUCAGAGCCUGCCUGAAAUGACCCUUGCACUGUCCGCCAUACACCAGCAACUUUAGGAGAGCAUCUUUUUAAUCCCCUUGAGUUGUCUUCUCCCAUCCAGUUACCAAUGUCAGCCAUUCAGACUCAGGAGUCAGUGGUAAGAGCCUUCAGAGUCCCCCAUCCUGGGAGAGAAGGAGGGUUCUAGUAACACUGCCUCUCUUACUCCCGUGUGGCUCCAUUAUCACACGAUCUGCUUCUGAAGUCCCUGCCAGGCUUGUGGGUGCUUCUCCAGUACCUCCCUGCCUCAUAUGCCGAGAGCUGGAAACUUAGUGCACAUGCUCACUGAGAGAAAGGCAUGGCACGCUAAUGCUUCUUAGAGACACCUUUCUCAAUCUAGGAUGCUGGGAUAGGUAGACUGAAAGUCCUAGCCCUGGAUGAGUGUACUAAUCUCAAAGCUAGAUUAGAGUUAGCUCUGGUCUGCUGGUGCUGGUGACCCUAGUCAUCUCUUGACCCACAUGUCAAUGUGUGCGAGUUGCCAUAUUAAAAUGGCUUGUGGGUGACCGACAGUGUGUGUGCUAUUGCAGUGUGUAUCAUAAGAAUUGGGGUGACUUACUCAGCCAGUGCUCCUUGAAACUUAUCUAAUCAAAUUAAUAAAAUGCAGUGUAUAUUCCAAGAGAGGUGUCAGUAGGGAAUGGUCAGGUGACUGUCGCCUGCUAGUAAAGCAAAUUAUAGUGGCUUAGAGUUGGCCAUUAAAAUCAUAAACCAGCUUCAAAAAACAAACAAACAAAAAACAAAAACAAAAAACCAACCCUUAGCUGGGCUUAUUUUUAAGCACCAGUAACUGCUAUAAAACUAGCCUUUCAGUUAGAAUAGAAUGUCCUUCCUUUUGAGCAAAACCAUCUAAGAAAAUAUAUAUGUAUGUAUGUACAGUGCGAGUCAAGGACCAAAGCAACAUUUGAACAGGAAUCUAUUAAUUUAGAAUGUAUAAGAUAUUUAUUAAUAAAUGUUAUUUUAAACAUUCCAUUUGAACAGUAUUCUUCUAUAGGCUCUAUGUGUCUUGAAAAUGUUAGUCCAUAAUAACCUGCCCUAGUUAGGGUGCCAUUUUCAGGGUCUUGGGUGGCUCUUCCUAUCAUUUGCUGGAAGCCCGAGCUUAGAUCUUUGUGCAUCUUUUGAGGCUUGUUUGCUACUCUGUGGGUUCUUAGUUAAUCUACAUUUUGAGCAAGUUUUUUAAAAAAGUGUAUUUCUUCUUUUCUUUCUUUCCUUUUUUUCUUUCACGUAAGCGCUUUCAUUUAGGAAGCAAAUUCAACUAGAGGGCAUCAGAGAUGGGAACCAGAGCAGCUUCGCUUUUCUUUUAUGCAUCAAAUGCCUUCCUCCCAGCUUCUCCUCGCUGCAGGCCCAUCUCCAAGAACACCCUGCACCACUCAGCUCCCUCGAGCUGCCUGGCCCCUCCCAAACAGAAUGAACUGUGUGCAGCAGCUUUAGGUUUUCAGGCUCCACCCCCACCCCCACCACCAUCCCCAACGUCUCAGAAGGGAAGGGGAAGAGCCUUCCCAAGAUAAACCCGUGCCUAUGCGACAGCAGUGAUUUAGAACCUCUCUUCUGCUUUUUAAAAUAAUUUAUAUUUUAAAGUUGCACUUUACCUCUUUGAUCCCUCCCCACUUCUCUGCCUUGGUCUAACCUCUUUCUUGACCUUCAGCUUGCCUUGGCUCCACCCUUUACAACUGUUCUGUGAAGGCUCUCUGCUGCACCAUUUCAAAUGCCUUCCAGAAAAUGUAUGCCCAGUUUCUAUGUGCACACUCAUUGCUAGUUCUUACAGCCUUGUGAAGCUUGCUAAAGAAUGCCAAGAAAAGCUAAUACACGAAAUGGUUUGUCCCCUUGAUCUCUUUCUUUGUAGCAUUGUUUUUUAAAAAAAAAUGGUUAUACCAUGCAAUGGAUGUGAGGCAGCAGCUAAGCUAUGCUUAACAGUUUUCUAUCUCAUCCUCCAAACCAAAGUGUCCUGAAUAAGCCAGGAGACUUAUCUUCUCGUGUGCCAUGGAGCACACUUCACUGUUGUCCUAGCCAUAGUCUUUGUAAGGCUGCUGAAGCAACAGUGGCCCUGUCCUCCCAUUCCCAGGUCUCAAAUAUACAAUGUUGCCUUGUAGCAUGAUUAAAGACAGCACCUCUGUUUUAUAAUUACAGUCUAAGAAAGGAUCAGAGAACACAGGAGCAAUAAACUUACAAGUAAACAUCCAAUACCAAAACACACAUAGAGCUUUUAAAAUCAGCCUAGUUCAUCGUGUUGUGACAAUAGAAAUAUGUCCGUGUGCUCAAAGUCUCUUGCUAUUCCUUGUGGAAUUUUUCAGUGAUGUAAUGCUUGUAGCCAAAUUGCUUAAAGAGUGUUUAUAUAUUUUUUCCUUAUAAAUCAUCUAUUUUUUGAAAAAGAAAAAAACCUAUUUAACUGCAAACUGAAGAUAGGGUAGAGCCAAAUUGCCAGCAUUGGUUCAAACAUUAAUACCAUUAAGUGGCCCUCUGAUGCCUUUCCAAGCUUAUCAUCAAGAAAGAAUCAAUAAUCAAUUGCUAUAUUUAAACCAAGUUAAAGAAUCUAGCUCCUCAGAAUAUAGGACCUAGGAAGUUCUUCCUAAGCCAUUUAAGGUUCUACCUUGGGGUUUAUAUUCUAGAACUUUACAGGAAUUUUUUUAAACAUAAAAUCGUUUUGCCUCAUGUUGGAGAAUGUGGAACCUGAAUAAAUUAACUUUAAAUACAUCAUUAAAAUCUUUCACACAAUCAGUGCGUUAGAUUCUUGUUUGCUCCUUUAUAGUGCCCACAUUGCCUUUAGAGUAUCAAAAUUGCAAGAGAAAGUAGCAGUGCCCCAGGACAGGGAGUUAGGAGAAAGGACCCCGGGCAAGCAGCCUAGGCAGGAAGACCUGCCACCCCUUCCCUUUCAAGAUCUCUGUUAAUCUCAUCUGCCUCAGGAGAGAAACUGCCUUUGAGGAUUGUCUCCGAGUGAAAAAUAACUAAAUAAAUAAGCUUGGGAUGUCCUCCAUGGAGAGUACACAACACUUGGGAUCCUCUGAAAAGGCCCCCAAAUAAUGGCUCUAUUCAAACACAAUGUUGUGGGACAAUUGGAAUUGAAACAUUGUCCAAAAUAUAACAGAAAAAAAAAAAGUUUAGCACUGUGUAAAGUAAGUGUUGACUGAAAAAGUCCCCCCACCCCACAAAAAAAAAAAAAGGUGCGUCACUUUAAGUUCUGGACUUGGGGUUGUUUGUCAUUGUAAACAGCAAAGCCUUUGUGUUUGUGUGUCUGUCUGUAAACCAACCACCUUCCAAUUGGAGGGAGAAAAAAAAACCUUGGGGGGUGCAUAUGUCAUAUGUGUAAAUAUUUGCUGCAGCAUUUUAAUGUGCUUAAUUUUCUGUUUAGCUUUUUGUUGCAUUGUGAACACAUCUAUUGUUACCAGUGGACAAUGAGUUCAUUAAGACUGUUCGACUAGGUCAGAUUUUUACUUCUCUUUCUAGCAAGAAGAGACAAGAUUUUGUGCAUUUGUACAAAUGUUAAUGAUAUCACCGCAAUUCCAAUAUAAUAAAGCACUCAAACGCAAA